GUUGAAUCUCGCGCAGUUAUGGAUGAUAUGAACGAGCUCCAGCGCGAGCUGUAUGACAAAGUCAAGAAUGCGACUGAAGGGCUCGAUCUGAAUGAGGAACGGAUUGACGAUGUUGAAGCUCAAGCGAUAGCUGAAGCACUCAAGGUGAACACGCUGACUUGGCUCAAAUUGGAUCUUGGAGCGCAAGCCAUUGCUGAGGCGCUCAAGGUGAACACAACGCUGACUUAUCUCAAUCUGGACGGCAAUCAGAUCGGCGAUGCCGGAGCGAAGGUGCUUGCUGAGGCACUCAAAGGGCACACGACGCUGACUGGCCUAGGCUUGAACAAAAGUCAGAUCGGCGAAGUUGGAGCUCAGGCCAUUGGUGAGGCACUCAAGGUGAACUCGACGCUGACUAUGCUCGAUCUGGACGCCAAUCAAAUCGGCGAUGCUGGAGCGCAGGCCAUUGCCGAGGCACUCAAAGUGAAUACGACGCUGACUUGGCUCAAUCUGGACGGCAAUCAGAUUGGCGACGCUGGAGCGCAGGCGAUUGCUCAGGCACUCAAGGUGAACUCAACACUGAAGAAGCUCUUUCUGGACGCCAAUCAGAUUGGCGAUGCUGGAGCGCAGGCCAUUGGCGAGGCACUCAAAGUGAACAAAAGGCUGAUCGACCUCAGGCUGAGUGAGAAUCACAUUGGCGACGCUGGAGCGAACACGAUUGCUGCAGCACUCAAAGUUAACACGACGUUGACUUGGCUCAAUCUGGGUGAGAAUCAGAUUGGCAAUGUUGGAGCGGAGGCGAUUGCCGAGGCACUCAAAGUGAACACGACGCUGACUGUGCUAGGUUUGCACACAAAUGAGAUUGGCGAUGACGGAGCUUGCGCGCUUGCUGAUGCACUCGAAGUGAACACGACGAUGACUAAGCUCCUUCUAGACCGUAAUUGCAUGACCUACGGAUGUUCCGCGCUUCUAGAUGCACGCGAAGACAACUGCAGGCUGGAGCUUACCUUCGACGACCAGAUUAAUCCUCUGGCUUUCUUCAAACUUCCACGAUUAGUAACUGCUGAAGACCUCCAGACCGUCUUCCUCCUGCUGACCAGCGGACUGCAGCUGGAGGAUCAAUCCGCAUCUCUACCGGCACUUCCAGCUGAGAUUGCCGCGCAUAUUAUGGACGAAGCGCACUACUGGCAAGGCGUGCAGCAUACCAAGCGAUCACGGUUUUAUGAUGAUUCCCCCGUGCUGAAAGUCACACUGCCUAAAAGGAUUAGUGGAGGUUCGGUUCGUGUGAAGUCAAUUCACGUGGCUCGUGGGAUGGGAUAUCAGGGCUGCCGCCCCGAGGACGACUAUUUUGAUUUGAUUUUCCGAGAUGAGCAAGGUGUCAUUCGGUACGAAUGUGCGAUAUCCCCGACCGAGUUUUACGAGGGGAACCUCGAGUGUGCGACGAUCCGGCCAGAGACUACUCCCAUCCUCCGGGAAAUGCGCGGGGGUUGGCAAGUUCAAGUUCGACCCAGCGAGAAUGGAACUGUUCUGUUCGAGACGAUUUAUUUCGAAUGAAACUAACGACAGAUUUUCGCGGAAACCCCCCCUGUGCCGUCCGUGGGUUUUCCAGAGCCGUUUCAAUUGUGCUGCUGU